CUCGCACAUUGACUUGAAUGACAGUUCUCGUUGUUACACCGAAAAUAUAACCAAGUUGAACAGAUUUCCGCAGAAAAAUUUAAAAAUGAAUCGAUUGCCAGCUAUUCUUUCGAAAUUUUCCAAUCUCCAGCUGAUUGAAAAUGUGGGGAGUAGAGGAAUUCAUGUGACCGGUGCUCAAAUGUCUAUUUCUUGGAGACGAAAUCGCCGUUUGCCAAAGAAUCCAACAUCAUCCGGCCCAUUAACAGAUUUACCUGAUUACACAUACAUGGACGGACGACCCACUCCAUUAGGCGUACGACAAAAGGCCCGAUUGGAUCGUCAACGUGAUAUUGCCGAUAAGAUUGUUAAAGGCCUCUACGAAGUUGAUUUUGCCAAAGAAUUGUAUCAAAAUAAAUUGCGUGCCACCGAAGAGGAACGAAAACAGUUAUUGGACAGUAAAUUGAAGCCAAAAGGAAAAUUGCUGUUAAAAAAAUGAAUAAAUCGUAAAUUUUAGUUGUUUUACAUUGUCUAAAGAGAAUGAAUAGAUCGUAUUGAGAAUAAAAGUGUCCAAAAAUCUCA